AUGACGCGAUCCACAUUUAGCGACCGUGAGGCAUUCUCCACAUCUCUGCUGGUGAGGUGCAGGCAGAGUGUCAAACAUCAGCCAGUUAGAAACAUCAAUGGGCGUGAAAAGUACCUUGAGGUCAAAUGUUCUUGGUCUCCAGUGAUUCACGUGCCGGAGACAAAAGGUAGUGACUAUGCCGUGGUUUCGGUACAGGUGAGCAUCGAUGUACGAAACGGUGUGGGAGACGACUGUAUUCGGAAUGAGGAAAGCAACUGCCUGAAGGAGCUGCUGACUACUGUGGAAUCUAUGGAUCCCCUCAUCCCUGGCACUUCUUGGCUUGGUCGUGUCUUUUUGGUCGUGCCUAUUCGCUCUGGCUAUCUUGCUCGCACCAGGUGUUUCCACGGACGUUUCGCUGGGUGUGCAGACCUCGGUGUCUUGCUCGAUCGUACUGUUUUCGGGCAGCGGGUCAGCCCAGUCAACAGCCAUGAGCUUCAAGAAUUAUUCGGCGGCUGUCUAUUCAUGCUCGUACGCCCGGACGACCAGUCUCGAUCUAAGGAUGACGCUUUCGUUCUUGAGGAGAUAAAUGCGCGCAUCAAUUUUAGAUGGUUACUCGAUGUCAAGCCGAAGCAGAAAACCCUAGCCCUGAUCGAUGGCCACCUGAAUCUCAAAUCGUACCUUCCUUUAUAUCACUCUGCGAUCGCACUCGGGAUCAAUCUUGUGGUCUUUGAUCGCCCUGGACAUUUCCUUACAGAUCCCUCAAUGCAGCAUCUGUAUAGUGAUUUCGUCCCCAUCGAUAUGACGAUCGACAACAGCUUUCAUGUGCGCAUUGCCGCAGCCGUCAAAGCAUACGGGAAGGUAGAUGGCCUUUGUGCUAUUGCCAGCGCAUGUCUAGCCCCAGUUGCUAGAGCAGCGGUGAUAUUAGGGCUGCCAGCAGAGCCUCCAGAGGCUAUAGCAUGCGCGAGUAACAAGUACGAAUCAAGAAUCAUUGCCGGAGGUGCGGCGCCAAUGACGUUGGUGAAGAACGUACCAGAUCUUGAACAGCAGAUGGCAACGAGAGAAUUCAUUCCCCAGUAUCCUCUCAUUGUCAAACCGGAACAGGGUGCCGGAUCUGCGCAUGUGUACAAAGUCGAUACUCAGACCGAACUACUAGAAGCAGUAAGACGCACAGACCUCGGCUCUGGCAAACAGGUGCUCGUAGAGGCUUACAUUGAGGGGCCUGAGUUGGACGUCAACUUCAUUCUUCUAGACGGGCAGAUCCUCUUUUUCGAAGUGUCUGACGACUUCCCAAGUCCAGGCGAUGAUGGGUCAGGCAACAAAAAUUUCGGGGAGAACGCCAACGUCCUGCCUUCCAAGCUACCAGCUACCGAACUCGCUCUCGUGCGUCAAGAAUUGCACCAAUUCUUACUGCAGAUCGGGCUGAAGACUGGAGUAUAUCACCUCGAAGCUCGAGUGCAGAACUCUUCCAUGGUCUUCAAAGAAAAAGGCCAUCUGGUAGAUUUGCGUCCAAAAGCAAGCUUCCCAACAAAGCAGUCACCCCGUUGUGUCCUCAUCGAAGCAAAUCCCAGACCACCCGGGUUCCAGAGCGUUUUGGCUACGGCAGGUGCCUAUGGUGUGAAUAUGUAUGAUGCACAUCUGCUAGCCUGCCUUGGAGACUACGGACGUCUUCAGGCUUUCGCAAAGCCUUUUGAGCUGGAUUCUCUCAUCCCUCAUCAUGCCAGGGCUUGGAGCCAGAUUCUAUUUUUUAGGGCUGAGAGGGGUGGCAUAUGCGCCCCAGACGACGUUUGUGGCGAGACACUUGGAUUGCUUUCCCCUGAGGAUCGGGCGUUGGUCACGGAGUCGCUUUGCUUUUUCGAACGUGGUGAACGCAUUCCAGAACCACGGGUAGGUAUUAUUACAAUGGGAGCUCUGGAACGGAGGCUAUUGUUUGCGGUACCCAAGAAAAGCCCCAACCGAGCUCACUGGGUCGGUCUAUCAGCGGGUCGGCUGAACCGAGCAACGCUGAAUCUCCUUGAGGGCGCCGAUAUCCACUUCAGUAGAGAGCAUCAUCUAGAUAUUGCUCUGGUCAUGAACCUCCCGAUCGCCCUCGUCUUUCUCCCCGCCGCCGACAUUCCCACCUUUGUUGGCCAGGGUCGUGUCGACCUGGGAGUUACAGGGUACGAUCAGGUUCAAGAACAUGAGGUCGGCAUCCGAACCAUGCAGCAGACGCGACGCUUUUCGGAUGAAGCCACAUCGGGGGAGAUACAGAGGAAUACGACAGGAUCCGAGACGAUUAUGGACGUGGGCUUCGGGGCCUGCAAGUUGCAGCUACAGGUUCCGGAAAAUGGACGAUAUCAGACGCCACAUGACCUGAUCGGGAAAAAUAUUGGGACUAGUUUUGUUCACUUAACAAGGGAGUAUUUCAGAAACCUCGAGAAUGAGAUAGACCGAGUUAAUGACGGGGAUACAUCUUGCAAUGGCAAAAUCAGGACGAACAUAGUUGAAUUGAGUGGCAAGUCUGGAGAGACGAUGAAGGCUGCUGGGUUGAAGCCCAUUGAUACUGUAGUGAAGUCCAGCGCUAUCCUGAUCAAGUCGCGUUCUCCCAGCAAUACAGACUUGGUAGAUCUGAUUGCAGCUCGCAUCAGAGGUGUUAUAACAGCGCAAGAGUUCGUUUUGUGCCAGUACAACAUCGAGCGGAAAAAUAUGGCGGCGGCGACCGCCAUCGCUCCUGGCAAGCGCGCUCCCACUAUUAUAGCACUCGAUGAAGAAGGCUGGAUUGCUGUAAGCGUCAUGGUGGAGAAGAGAAACAUAGCACCCAUUAUGGAUCAGUUGACCAAGGUGGGAGCGACAGACAUAAUGGAACUUGGCAUCACGAACACUCGAUAG